AAGGAGAUUAUCGCUUGAUUGAAUGUGGUCUCAAUCGUUUAGAGGUUUUCCAUAUCUCUAUGGCAUGUGUGUCAUACAGUGUAUAGAAAAUAGAGUAAGAAAUAGAGUAGAUGCUGUAUGAAUGGCAGACCCUCCCCCUCGUCCCCUAUAUGGCAGCCCACCAUAAGCUCAGAUAAAGCCUCAGCGCUGGUUUCAAGCGUUGUGAGGCGAGCGAGCGUGCGUGCAACGCCUCUUUACAACUCCACCAACAACCAAUAAGAGCGCAGAACGGCAUUAGCAGAGAAAAGUCCACCGAACGGAAUAUCAUUGAACGGUACAGCUAGCUUUUUGCACGGGAUCCCUGCAAAUGAACGUAGAGAGGUUUUACCCUAUCUCUCUCUCUCACCAUCGCUCUCUCUCUCUCUCUCUAUCUGUCCCCACCCCAGUCAUCCCUGUGCCAUUUUCCCCCAAUCCGACACUUAAUUGAGCAACCGGGACACCUCACGUGCAGGACUGAUUUGUAGUUUGAACACGUGGCUCAUUGAAAAAGGCAGAAGAACUUAGGGUUUUUUUGUUUCCCGUUCCCUCGAUGUUAUUAAGAGGCGGUGCCUACACAAACGUAUGUGACAAUUUAGUCGCAUCGCCAAAGAAUAAAGAAACUUUCUCUAUUUUCCUCCCGGCCCUUGCCUCGCAGAGGUGACGGAAUAAAUAAUUCAGCGCGUUUAAAUCGAGAGGAAACGGGAGUGCGCGCAAGCACGGCGGCGAUCUCGUCCAUCAAAUAUCUCAGUAGCUUGGAGUGAUUGGGAGAACACUCCCAGACCCUCCGCUGAGCGACAGUGCGGUUCUCUCUCUCCAAACACUGCCCAUCCGAGCGACGCGAUAAAGGGCUGCCCCUCUGCAACACGGUCGCUCUUUUCCGUAUACAACAAAAUGAAUAAGCUCUACAUCGGGAACGUGAGCGAGCAGGCGAGCGCGCUGGACUUGGAAAGUAUCUUUGAGCAGUGGAAGAUACCUUUCAGUGCACCCUUUCUCGUAAAAAGUGGCUACGCGUUUGUGGAUUGCCCCGACGAAAAGGUAGCGAUGAGGGCCAUUGACACUCUUUCAGGGAAAGUAGAACUCCACGGAAAAGUCUUAGAAGUGGAGCACUCUGUCCCUAAACGACAAAGGAGCUGCAAGCUGCAGAUCAGGAAUAUCCCACCUCACAUGCAGUGGGAAGUUUUGGACGGGUUGUUAGCGCAGUACGGCACAGUGGAGAGCUGUGAACAAGUCAACACUGACACAGAGACUGCGGUUGUCAACGUGCGAUAUGCUGCCAAGGACCAAGCCAGAGAAGCAUUGGAUAAAUUAAAUGGCUUCCUUAUGGAGAACUACGCACUAAAGGUUUCCUAUAUCCCAGAUGAGACUGCUGCAGCAGAUGCCCCUGCCGUGGGUGGCAGGAGAGGUUUCAACCCGCGCGGCCCACCUCGCCAAGGCUCUCCCAGUCUUGGCGCAAGACCUAAACUACAGUCAGACGUGCCUCUACGCAUGUUGGUGCCCACCCAGUUUGUCGGAGCUAUUAUUGGCAAGGAAGGUGCUACCAUCCGCAACAUAACCAAGCAGACUCACUCAAAGAUUGAUAUCCAUCGUAAGGAGAACGCAGGGGCAGCAGAAAAACCCAUCACUGUUCACUCCACACCAGAGGGCUGCAGUUCUGCUUGUCGAAACAUCAUGGAGAUCAUGCAGAAAGAGGCAAUCGACACUAAAAUCACUGAAGAAGUCCCUCUGAAGAUUCUAGCUCAUAAUAACUUUGUCGGCCGCCUUAUUGGAAAAGAGGGGCGCAACCUGAAGAAAAUCGAACAAGAUACAGACACAAAGAUCACAAUCUCUCCUCUGCAGGAUCUGACGUUGUAUAACCCAGAGCGCACCAUCACCGUCAAGGGUACAUUAGAAGCUUGUGCAAAAGCAGAAGAAGAAAUCAUGAAGAAAAUCCGUGAGUCCUACGAGAAUGACGUAGCUGCCAUGCAUCUACAAUCUAACCUGAUUCCAGGUCUCAAUCUGAACGCGUUGGGUAUUUUUCCCGGUGCAGCGAGUGGAGGGAUGUCACCCUCUGUGGUAUCAGGACCUCCAGCUGGUGCUCAAGCUGGCUAUCAAUCAUUUGGGUGCAGCGUGUUUGGGGGUGAGGUGCCAUUUUGGGCCUCUACGCUCUCCUCCAGCAGCAGCACAGCCUUUUCUCAGCCACAGGUGGAGUCGGAAACCGUGCACCUCUUCAUUCCUGCUCUGGCAGUUGGUGCUAUUAUCGGCAAGCAGGGCCAGCACAUUAAACAGCUCAGCCGCUUUGCUGGUGCGUCAAUCAAAAUUGCGCCUGCUGAUGGAAUUGACACCAAGCAAAGAAUGGUCAUUAUUACUGGACCACCAGAGGCACAGUUCAAGGCUCAGGGACGUAUCUUUGGGAAGUUAAAAGAGGAGAACUUCUUUGGACCGAAGGAAGAGGUUAAAUUAGAGGCUCACAUAAAAGUGCCAUCAUUCGCCGCUGGCAGAGUCAUUGGCAAGGGAGGCAAAACGGUGAAUGAACUACAGAACUUGACCAGUGCAGAGGUGGUUGUCCCGCGGGACCAGACGCCUGAUGAAAACGACCAAGUAGUAGUAAAAAUCACAGGCCACUUCUAUGCAAGCCAGCUGGCCCAGAGGAAGAUCCAGGAGAUUAUCUCUCAGGUGAGGCGGCAGCAGCAGCCCAAGGCCUCGGCCACAGGUCCACCAGUCGCCCGGAGGAAAUAGAGCCACUGCGUCUUCUCGGAGACUGAAAGGACACAGGACGCGUCCAUCUCAGGGGUCAGGGAAUGUCCUUACAACCCCGCCCACUUCUACACCCAUUCCUCCUGAAGUUUCAGUGAGAUUUGUACACCUGCACUUCCCCGCACCACAAUCCCCCCUCUUUCAAACAAAUCGUAAGAAAGUCAGCCACCCAGUCCUUGCCUUAAUACGGUAACUGCACAGACCUUAAUUGACAGAUGUUGAACUUUGUUUUGGUUAUGAGUUUAUUGGGAAAUGCAGCAUUUGAGUAUAAAAGGCUUUUCAAGCCUGUUUUUGGGGUAAGGAAUGGGUGACACAGGGUGGGGUUUAAGGUCUUUGGCUUGAGAUGGAAAAAGGAUUGUUGAUGGAAGUACGCUGUCCUGGGAUCUAUAGUGGCAUUUUAUAAAUUCUGAUGCAUUUUAUAGAUGAAUAGAUAUAUACACAUAUAUAAAAUUAUGAAAGAAGGUGGAGCAACACUGCCACUUAUGACUGAGGGAAGUGUUGAUUGGUGUUGGCCAGGAAACCAAGUUAAUAUGCAUUUUACUGAUCUACCUCAGGCUAGAGUACCUCAGAAAAAAAGAAAAUGAUAUAUUAAAAAAAAUGUUCUGUUCUUUUUUUUUUAUUUUGCUUUGUGGUAUUUUGUAUACUUUAUAAAGCUAAUAGUUCUUGAACAUUUUUAUUUUUUUAAGAAAAUGUAAAAUUUAGUCUGUAGUUAACGGAUGAUGCUCGAAUUCCGCCUUGCUCCUUUUGCCGCGCGCGAUGAAUAACUAACUGUAUAAAUACACGUUUGCGUGCGUCGCACAGGUAAAAGAGCAGAGUUUGGGCUUCUGUGUUAGCUACAGAUAGGAGAAAGAAAAGAAAAGCGCCUCAGUGUCGCUGAGGAGCCACCACCCUCUGAACACCGUCAAGGUAAUGAGAAAUAACGCCACCCCUACAUACCGCAGCAAUGCCAUGCUAAUAUGCUAAUAACUCUUUCGGCGGUAGCAGACGUUUCACCCGCAUUUCAUUACACUUCAGUUAGGGUUGGAUGCAAGCAAUAGAGGUCAGGGAUAAGCAAGGUCCUGCUGUAACCUCUUUGACACCCCCUCAUCCUCGGCGCGACUAGUUGUCUAUCAAAUUAAUAUAACGACCAGCCCGAUUGAGGUUGUUUUUCUUUUCCCGUGCUCAUCUUUUUUUUUUUUUUUUUUUCUUCUCCCUUUCCUUUUCCAAAUAACGCGCUCCGUUUGGUCUUGGGACGGGCUUUUUUUUAAUUUUUUUUUUUGUUUGUUUUUGUUUUUUCGCAUCAAACUGGGCUUUACAUGCCGAAGAUUUUCAGUGUUUAACGUCAGUCAAUGCAUGUCAGGGGUUCGGGGAGUUACACUGUUCUGAUGCUUUUGCGUUGAUAGCUAUAGGUUACAAUAGUAAAGGGCGCUUCUCUAGGCUAACAAGCAGUAACGGUAGAGAUGGACGCGCAAACGGUUUCAUUUAUAUCUUUCGUUUAUCAUUCAAAGUGAAAAAAGCAAAAAAAUAUAUAUAUAUAAAAAAUGAACUUUAGCAAAGAAAAAACGUUUAGUAAAGAAUCUGAGAAACCAAUAUUCCUUUUGUUUUCAUGCAGAAUGUAAAUAUGAUUUGAUUGUGGUAAAAGAGUGCAUCCAUGCUUCCACACUAGUAAGGCCAUUGUCUACCUCAGCUGAGGAAAGGGUGGGCUCCGUCUCACCUGAGACCUCCAGCGCGCGCAGCGAUACCUCAAGUCCCUCGCGAACACUUCCGCACUGGGUAUGCGCGUGGCGCCGAGCGCUGACCAGAGGGGCACAAGUGAUCGUUUUGUUUUUCUUUCCACCCUUCUCUUACACCGUUUUUGAUCUACCUCUUAUUAGAAAAGUAUUUAAAUUAGAGGCAUAUUGCUAUGUGUUAGAAUCUAUAGGGUCUUGUUCCAUCUGCCCCUUUCCUCACAGAAAAAAAAUAUAUCAUUAAAAAAAAAAAAAUCAUGUAUGGCUAGACUUUAAAGAUGAGUGAGAAAAUGAUUUCGUUUUUGCCUGCAAUUUAUUCUCUGCUAACUGAUUUGAAACCUCACCUUAUUGCUUUUUUCUUCUGCUUCUUGGUUUGGUGGUGUGGCUUCCUUGUAUUGGGCUUUAUUUCUUGCAUAAGUAUUGUAUUAAAAGUCAAAGUGUUUAUUUGGGAUCUGAUUAAUGAUGGCUAUAGAAGAGUUUUUCAAGGGCCUGCUUCAUUUCUUGCUUAUGGAAUAUGAACAAUGAAGUCUUUUUUUACUUUUGUCAUGUCUUAUGGAUGCUACAGGUUUUUUUUUUUUUUUUGUGGAACUUUUUUUUUUUUUUUUUUUGACGGGGAUCUGAUCCAAUUUCAUUUCAUGGCUGUGUUGUGUGGUGAGUCAUGUUUCAGUGGGAAUGUGAUGUGGAAAUCCGGGAGCUAGAAUAGUUCCGGGGGAAAAAGUGGUCCGAUUUCAGCAUGAUGAGCAACAUCCCCUCCGACCGUGCUUGUGUGCCCUCACACACCUCCACUUGUCAAAUGCCUCUGAUACAAAGAAAAUAAUUAAAAGUCAAGUUGGCUCCUAGCACCCAU